AUGGCCACAGUGAAGGUGGCAGACGGCAUGGCAACAACGAACGCGUCGGACCUCAAGCAGCCUGUUCCUGACCAAGUGGCCGAAGGCGAGCUUGAAUCCCUUGUCGACGAUGGCAACGACCCUAAAUUGGUGCGGCGGAUUGACUUGUGGCUCUGUCCCAUGUUGGCGCUCUCUAUGGCCUUGCAGUUCAUCGACAAGGGUGCCCUGCCCGCGGCAUCUAUCCUCGGCAUCGUCACAGAUCUACAUCUGACAGGCACCGAGUAUUCCUGGGCGAAUUCGAUCUUCUACUUUGGAUACUUCGCGUUCACUUACCUUGUACCUUACCUAUUCGUCAAGUACCCUAUUGGCAAAGUACUCUCGGCGACCUUCUUGGCCUGGGCUUUGACUGUUGGGGUCCAUGCUGCCUGCAAGAACGCCGCAGGCCUUAUGAUUGUACGCUUUUUCCUUGGUUUCACUGAAGCUGCCGUUGCUCCUGGAUGCAGCUUGAUUCUCGGGAUGUGGUACAAGCGCGAAGAACACGCGUUGAGGCAUGGCUACUGGUAUAUGGGCACCUCCCUAGGCAUUGCGCUCACAGGGCUGAUCUCCUUCGGGAUUGCUCACAUUAAAAAGGGCUUGGGGGCUUGGAGGUGGUUGUUCAUUACGCUUGCCUUGAUCAGUCUGGUAUGGGCCGCGCUGAUGUUCUGGCUACUGCCAGACACGCCUGCUAACGCCCGCUUCCUCUCAAAAUCUCAAAGAGCUCGAGCAGUUGACAGAGUCCGGGUCAACGAAAUGGGUGUCAAGACCAGCAACUUCAAGUGGUACCAGUUCCGAGAAGCUAUGACCGACCUCAAAGUGUGGUUGCUGGUCUUUUAUCUGGUCGCAGUCUGCAUCUGUAACAGCUCUAUCACAGCGUUCUCGCAGAUCGUUCUUGUCGGACUCGGAUUCGACGUCUACCAGACCAACCUGUUCAAUAUUGCGCUAGGCGCACUCACGGCCGUGGUUGCCUUCAGCUCAACUCUACUCUGCACGCGUGUCACAAAUAUCCGAGGCUUCGUAUGCGUUGUCCUGUGCUGCAUUAGCCUGAUCGGUAGCAUCCUCGUUCGGUUUGGACCAAAUCUUGGCAGCAAGUUGGUCGGGUUUCUGCUCUUCUAUGCAUAUCCCUGCACCGUCGCAAUUGCUCUGUCCUUGAUUGCCUCGAAUGUGGCCGGCUUCACCAAGAAGACUGUGGCUACGGCGAUGUCAUUCGUCGCAUACUGCUCCGGAAAUAUCAUUGGGCCCUUCCUGUUCUUCGCUCGAGAGAAGCCCAAAUACCCUAGUGGGUUCAACGCGACGUCAAUAUGCUUCGGAGCUGCCAUCGUCCUGAUGCUAGCAUAUGUCUUCGUAGUUCACAGAGAAAAUCGUCUCCGUGAGCGUGCGCAUACCCCUGGCGACGUAGUGCUCAACGACGCAUCGCAGCAGGAAGAUGCCGCCAAGGACCUCACGGAUGGCGAAAACCCACGCUUUCGCUACAUGGCUUGA